AUGAAUGGGAAAUGUGGGGAGGGGGGACGGCAACAAGCGCAGGCGCGUGUGCACGCCCAAGUACCCUACCUCUACGCACGCGUCAAGACGGUGUGCGCGCGCACACGAGCGUCGAUCAAUACCAACGGUUCAGCACGCGCACAAGCCUCCGCGCCAGCUGUCGCAAUGCCCGAACGCGAGCGUGCAUGCGUGCGCACGCGCGCCAUCGAUUUUGGGCAAGCGCGCGCGUAG